AUGUCUGGACUGUUGGGUGUUCGGCAGCUGCUGCUGUGGGGCAUCGCCUGCCUCUGGCUGCCCAGCCUGGCCCGGGGGGCUCUGGUCGUCUCUGGGGACCAUGCAGCUGUGCAGGGGACAAGAGGAGCUGACAGAUCACUGCAGAAAAGAAGCACAAAUGAUGGCAUGGUGGAGGUGUAUAGUGUGACAGUGGACUGCACUGUGGCGUCUCGUUUCGCUCACACUGUCAUGACCUCAAAGGCUCUGAACAAAGCAAGCUCCUCACAGGAAAUCUUCUUCGAAGUGGAGCUUCCAAAGACCGCCUUCAUCACCAACUUCAGCAUGGAAAUUGAUGGUCAGGAGUAUGUUGGAGAGGUGAAAGAGAAAGAGAAAGCCAAGAAACAGUAUGAGAAGGCUGUUUCCUCAGGACAGACUGCUGGACUGGUCAAGGUGUCUGGAAGAAAGAUGGAGAAGUUUUCAGUGUCUGUCAACAUUGCAGCUGAAAGUAACGUAACUUUCAUUCUGACCUAUGAGGAGCUCCUUCAGAGGAAACUGGGCCAGUAUGAGAUUCUGACCCGAGUUAAACCCAAACAACCGGUCCAGGAGUUUCAGAUUGUGACAAACAUUUACGAGCCUCAAGGCAUUUCUUAUGUUGAUGCUCAAGCAACCUUCCUCUCCAAUGAGCUGCUCCCCCUAGUGGAGAAAACUGUCACAGACAAAAAGGCUCACAUCUCUUUUUCACCAACUAUGGACCAGCAGAGGAAGUGUCCAGGUUGUGAUGAGACACUGAUCGAUGGAGAUUUUAUCAUCAAGUAUGAUGUGAACCGUGCAAAGAGCCUCGGGGACAUUCAGAUUGUGAACGGAUACUUUGUGCACUUCUUUGCUCCACCUGACCUACCCAGAGUCCCAAAGAACGUGGUGUUUGUGAUCGACAGGAGCGGCUCAAUGAGUGGAACAAAGAUCCAGCAAACCCGAGAGGCAAUGCUGGCCAUCAUCAAAGACCUCCAUGAGGAGGACUACUUUGCCCUCAUCCAGUUUGAUCAUGAGAUCAAUCCUUGGAAGGAAUCACUAACCAAAGCAACCGAGGAAAAUGUGGCUGAAGCCAUGGCCUAUGUCAGAAAGAUAACAGCCAGGGGAGGAACUAAUAUCAAUGAUGCUGUGUUGCGAGGUGUGAACAUGCUAGUGAAAGACAGACAGGAGAACAAGCUCCCAGAGGGGAGUAUCGACAUGAUUAUUUUACUGACUGAUGGAAGAGGUAAUUUGAACUCGAUGACGGUUGAGGAGAAUGUGCGCUCUGCUAUUGGAGGGAACAUGUCUCUGUUCUGUCUUGGAUUCGGAAACGAUGUGGAUUAUUCCUUCCUGGAUGUGAUGAGCAAACAAAACAAGGGACUGGCCCGCAGAAUCUAUGAGGCCUCAGAUGCAACCCUUCAACUCCAGGGUUUCUAUGAGGAGGUGUCCAGCCCUCUGCUUUCAGAGGUGGACCUACGUUACCCCGACAACGCAGUGGACUUCGUGACCACCAACCACUUCAGCCAGUUGUUUAACGGCACAGAGAUCGUGGUGGCUGGUCGGCUGAUGGACAACGACCUGGACAACUUCCUGGUGGAAGUGUUCGCCCAGGGGUUUGAGGAGGACUUCCAGGUGCAGGGCCAGGCCAGUGCUGUAGAGUGGGACGUGAUUUACCCAGAGGAGGAGUACGUCUUUGGGGAUUUCACAGAGCGUCUGUGGGCCUACCUCACCAUCCAGCAGUUACUGGAGAAGAGCAAGAUUGGCACCCCUGACGAGAAAGCCAAUGCCACAGCCAAGGCCCUGGACAUGUCCCUGCAGUAUAGCUUCGUCACCCCUCUCACCUCCAUGGUGGUCACCAAGCCUGAAACUGAGGAUGGAACAGACAGCCCUCUCAUUGCUGAUAAACUGACUGAGGAGCAAAGACUACAGGCAGACAGAGUAGCACAUCGCUUUGUAAGCCCCCCUUUGUACUCAUAUGCUGCCCGACCCACAUAUUUUGUGGAUGGAGAUCCUCAUUUCAUGAUAGAGCUGCCAGACAGAGAUGACGCUCUGUGCUUCAACAUCAACGACAAACCAGGAACCAUUUUCAACCUGGUCAAAGACCCAAUGUCAGGUAUUUUAGUGAAUGGCCAGAUCAUCGGAGACAAGAAAAUCCCCCUUGAUGGUAAAAUCAACACUUACUUUUGGCGUUUUGGCAUCACCCACCAGAAGCUGGGGGUGAGACUGGAGGUGAGCACUCAGGACAUCUUGGUGUUUCAGGACGGCAAACGGGUCAAGCUGCUGUGGUCUGAUACAGCCUCCCUCAAAGGAGCCAAUGUGGAUCUUCUCGUGACCAAGGACCGUAGCCUAACGAUAACCCUAAGAGAUUCUGUCAAGUUUGUGAUCCUGCUACACAAAGUGUGGAAGAAGCACCCGUACCACCGGGACUACUUGGGUUUCUACACAGUGGACAGCCACCUCCUGUCUCCCUCUGUUCAUGGUCUGCUAGGUCAGUUUUACAGCGGGAUUGAAUAUGAGGUCACAGACCUGCGUACAGGUGACGUCCCAGAGAAACCAGACGCCACCAUGUAUGUGAAAGGACAGCAGCUCAAUGUGACCAGAGGCUGGCAGAGAGACUUCAUGAGAGAUGUGAAGAACGGAGAAAAUGUUCCCUGCUGGUUCAUUCACAGUAAUGGAAAAGGCCUCAUCGACGGAGAUGCUUCAGACUACAUUGUGUCAGGCCUUUUCAAAAGAGUUUAAAAGCAGUUUUCAGACAGUCUUAUCACUGUUGUUCCUGUAAAUCAGCACCCAAAUUCAUACAAUAAAACACGUACAUAAAAUAAAAUCUGCCUGCACUCUUAACAGACUUAAUUCACAGUAUUGUGCAGACAACUUCAUGGUAUAUAACAGUUUAAUCUGGGAUUAUAAGAAGGGUAACUAACAUUAUCUCAAAAGUACUGAAAUAAAUGGAGUUCUUAAAGAUGGAUGUAGAAUGGAUUUAGGCUUUUUUUAAAAAAAAAAAAAAA